CAUGCGCCCGUAUACCGUAUGCCGCGCGCCCACUGUAUAAAUAGGCCGCAUGUUCCAGCCGCCACAUGCACAAUUGCACGCCUGAGACUAGCAUAUCCAUGUCCGAUUGGCCGCCGCCACUGCUGCAUGCUGCCUAGCUAUAGUAGACCUGCUACCUGCAGAUCACAAUAGCACCGGAAACUGUGAGCUCGGUAAGUCGGUAUAUACGUAUAUAAGCCAAUUAACCAAUCGGCGUCGUCAGGCCUCUCGCGUGUGCGAGCGGUUGCGUCCGCAUGGAGGACGACAAGAGUAAGGAGGGGAAAUCGUCGUCGUCGUACCGCGGCGUGCGGAAGCGGCCGUGGGGCAAGUUCGCGGCGGAGAUCCGCGACCCGGAGCGCGGGGGAGCCCGCGUGUGGCUCGGCACGUUCGACACCGCGGAGGAGGCCGCGCGGGCGUACGACCGCGCCGCAUUCGCCAUGAAGGGCGCCACGGCCAUGCUCAACUUCCCGGGAGAUCAUCAUCACGGCGCCGCAAGCAGGAUGACCAGCACCGGCUCUUCUUCGUCCUCCUUCACCACGCCUCCUCCGGCGAACUCCUCCGCGGCGGCGGGCCGCGGCGGCUCCGAUCGGACGACGGACAAGGUGGAGCUGGAGUGCCUCGACGACAAGGUCCUGGAGGACCUCCUCGCGGAGACCAACUAUCGUGAUAAGAACUACUAGCUAGCUAGCUACUAUGGCUACUUAGCUAGUACAUACCGAUCCGUCGGUAUUAGCAAGACGGACAUGGAGCAGUCGUGAUCUCGUCUGUAUGCGCUCCUUGAAACGAUCGAGACCAUGAGCUUGCUAGCUAGCUACGCAUAGUAGUAGCAAUAACAGAGGAAGCCCAAGGCAGUAUGUACUACUGUCCUAGCUAGCUAGCUAGCUUAGCUUCUUCUAAUGGCAUGCAAGAGCAUAUGUGGGCACGCACGCACGCACGCACGCACGACUCAUGAUUUGUGCGUCGGCACACGCACGUUUCAGACCAUGCACGUCGUUGUUCGGUGUUCCGGCAAGCAGUCAAGCACAUCUGGACAGCUAGAACGUUAGCAUGGACAGAACCGUAAUAUUACGUACUGUAUAUACUCUUAAUUUCAAGUACUGGAGCGGCAAUUGAU